CUACCAACCAAUAAAAGGAAAGACAAAUAUAGCAACUAUUGCUUCUGUGUUGUAUAUAACAGUCAGUGCCAAAAUAUAUUGAUCCCAAAUCAAAAGUUGAACCAAACAAUGGCAAACCAUAGAUUUCAAGGCCUAAAAUGGUGGCAAAAAUUGACAAGAAAAGAGUGGACUAUUGCAGCAACUUCACUUUCUAUUCUAAUUUUAACACUUUCUUUAAUUUCCCACUCUCACAAAUUCUCUAAUAAUUCAAUUACAUCUACCAAUGAUUGGAUACCCUUUACUCCUUUAAGCAAUGCUCAACAAAAAUCUGCCUUUUGUUUAGAUGGAAGCUUACCUGGGUAUCAUUUGCAGAGGGGUUUUGGAUCUGGGUCUGAUAAAUGGGUUCUUCACAUUGAGGGUGGAGGCUGGUGUAACUCAAUAGAAUCAUGUUCUUUUCGCCAGACAACAAAAUUGGGUUCUUCAAGGUUCAUGGAGCAUGAAGUUCAGUUCUUUGGGAUUUUGAGCUCUGUCCCAUCACAAAAUCCAGAUUUCUUUGACUGGAACAAAGCCAAGGUACGCUAUUGUGAUGGCGGAUCCUUUUCUGGACACCCAGACAGUGAAUUUAAAAAUGGAACAAAACUCUUCUUCAGAGGCCAGCUUAUUUGGGAAGCCGUAAUGGAUGAACUCUUGUCAAUAGGACUUUCUAAUGCUAAACAGGCACUUCUUUCGGGAUGCUCUGCUGGAGGUUUGGCAACUCUCAUACACUGUGAUGACUUUCGAGAGAUUUUACCCAAGGAUGCCAAUGUCAAGUGCCUUGUUGAUGCAGGUCUUUUCCUUAAUGAAAAGGACGUUGCUGGAAAUCCCACCAUUGAGCGAUUUUAUCAAGAUGUUGUUAACCUCCAGGGUGUGGCAAAAAGUUUAAAGAAGGAUUGCACAUCAAGAUUGGAACCCUACAAGUGUUUUUUCCCUCAAGAAUUUAUAAGCAACAUAAAGACCCCUGUUUUCCUUGUUAACCCAGCAUAUGAUUUUUGGCAAAUACAAAACAUCUUGGUACCUGGUUCAUCAGAUCCACAGCGCAGCUGGGUCAGAUGCAAGCUAAAUAUUAAUAACUGUAAUUCCAAACAGCUUGAAGUCCUGCAAGAAUUCCGGAAUUCUUUGAUCAAAACGCUUGAUGGAUUUAGCCAAAAUCCAGAAGGGGGAAUGUUCAUAAAUUCUUGCUUUAUACAUUGCCAAACAUGGAUUACUGAGACAUGGCAUUCUCCUGGUUCUCCGAAAAUCAAUAACAAAACAAUUGCAGAGGCUGUAGGAGACUGGUACUUCAAACGUAAAGCAGCAAAACAUAUUGAUUGUACCUUUCCAUGCAAUCCUACUUGCUAUCACAUGGAUUUUACUCGAGGAUAACAGGGCCUGUUGCUGCAAGUUUACUGAUAUCUUAUGUUUGUGCUCUCAUUUUACUCUACACCUUGUGGGAGAUAUUUAUGGAAACCAUGAUUCAGGCAGAUAGGAUGAAGGUAUGCAGCCAGAGUAUUCUUGUUUUUCUCUCCAUACUGUGAGCAUUCUGGAAUUGACGGUUAAUAGUGAAGCUCACCUGCCAUAAUUUUUGCGCGGAGUUCAUAUCUGUAACUUUUUCCAUUGUUGAAAUCAAGAACUUUAUUUCAAAAUGAUGUUUCUAUAGUUUCUUUUUUGCCAGAGUUCCGUACAUUUUUUCAGAUUCCUUUUUUCUUUUUCUUUUUUGGUAAAGUAGCAUCAAACAUUUGCAGAUUUAUUAAGAGAGAGUGAUUUUCGUGUUUACUUAAAUUCUGUAGAAACACAAUGUUCAGCAAGGUAACGUGAUUUUCUUUCCGUCUC